UUGACUUGUAGUUGCUCGGCAGGCGGUCAUGUCGGAUGAACAUCACCAACAGCAACAGCAGCAGCAGCAACAUCAACGCCAGCAACUCUUGCAGCAACAGCAACAACAACAGCAACAGAAAUGCGCAGGAAAGGAUACCACGACAGCCAACUCAUCUUCGUCGUCCUCCUCGCCCACGAGUGCCGCAUCCACUGCCACACCGCGAAAGUCGAAUAUUCAUGAGAUGCGCAAUCAGGACUUUGUCAGCCGACUGAUGGCAGCCACGCCUCCCUACUUGUACUCCACACCGGUGGGUGCCAACAACUUUUUCUUCAGUGACAUGCUACGCUCACUGGUGCAGGCACGCAACAACGAGAAUGCGCGCAAUCUGCAGCUGCAACAAUCGAUGGUGUUGGCACGCAGGCCACGGAAGCGCACUUGGGCUCACCACCGACCCUAUUAUGAGCACUUGCGUGAGCGUAAGGAGGCGGAGGAGAAACAGCAGCUGCAGCAGCAACAACAACAACAACAGCAGCUAGCAAGCAAUGCCGCUGCGUCUGUUGGCUUGGAGAAGCCAUUGGAACUAACAAAUAAGCCAUAUUUCCACUUAGCCAAUAAAUAUCGCAAGAUGGAUGAUGCCACCAAAGAUGCAACAGAUGUUAAGGUUGGUAGGGGCGAUGCAGGCAACGUCACCACACCAGACUCAACUGCUGCCACGGCUGCUAAUGCUGAUUGUGCUGGAGCGGGCGGUGGAGGUGGUGCAGUGGAUACCGCGCUGCAGGACACUCCGCCCGCUGCUUCACUGCCGCCACAGGAUUUGGUCUUACCGCCACCUCCGCCUGUGUGGUAUCCACCGCUCUACCCACCCUACGGCAUCGACCCAUUGCACUUCUUCAUCGAUUUACGUGUAUCGGGUCAUAUAUAUGAUCGCAAAAAAGAAAAUAUUUCGCCGCUCACCAGCGCCGAUAACAGCAAUGCGACCAGUGAGUCGGAGUCAUCCGGUGGCAGUGCCACAGGUGCCAGUUUGCUGAACAAGCAUCGACAGGGUUCAGCGUUCACGGUGCCCGUACCGCGUGCAAACGACACAAAUUCCGCAGCGAGUCAUACGUUAGAUGCCAUCAAUUUGACCUCCUCAGCAAUGGCUAGCAAAUUUGAAAAUUACACGAAAUAUUAUGAUUUGGGUGAGGCUAAAGAAAAUCAACCUUUUACGAAAAAUAGCGCCAGCUACAUGCUGCAGCAUUUGCCGCGUCUUUAUAGUCAGUUCGCGGCGCGCGAUCUCCUUGCUUCGAAUGCAGCAGCAGCUGCCGGUGGCGGUAGUAGCAACAGUUAUGAUAAUGACAAUAAAUCUGAGCCCGACUGUGAUGCUGACUCCGAUGGACGAGCCUCGGUGGAUAAUUGCGCGAGUUUUGGUGGCAGUAAUCGCGAACGCGACAUCGAUGUGGAAAUUAUCGACUCGAUUAAGUAUCGCACUGAUGGCGAGAGCAGUCGUUGUUCUAGCGCUGAUGAGGCUUCAAUAACGCAAAUCGAUUAGACCUUAAGAUGGGGUAUAUAAUUACAUUAAAAUAUAUAUAUAGAAGAAAUACUGUGUCGAAUUUAAUAAAAAUAAAAUAAAAAAUUUAA